UUUUCUCCACAAACUCUAAUUUUAACCUCCCAUAGUUGCACUAAUUCGUCGGCUGAGGCUAGAACUGGCCCAGCAGAUUAAGAGUUUAACAAUCCCGACAAAGGCUUCCUUAAGCCUGCACUAAGAAGGUCAUUCCUACGUUAGCAGUAGAAGUGUCCGGGCUGACACUGACAGACAGGCUCAACCUACCUUUUACCAUUAGCGCUACGCUCAUUCAUCUUACACGAACAACUAAAAACAUGCAAGAAUGGGCCAAUCAACUUUGUGAGAAUCGACAAUUUGGAUCCAAGAUGACGGACUCUAAGUACUUCACCACCACCAAGAAAGGUGAGAUCUUCGAGCUCAAGGCAGAGCUGAACAGUGACAAGAAAGAAAAGAAGAAGGAAGCUGUGAAGAAGGUCAUUGCAUCAAUGACAGUGGGCAAAGAUGUCAGUGCUCUGUUCCCAGAUGUUGUGAAUUGUAUGCAGACGGACAACUUGGAACUGAAAAAGCUGGUCUACCUCUACCUGAUGAACUACGCUAAGAGUCAACCAGACAUGGCCAUCAUGGCUGUGAACACCUUUGUUAAGGACUGUGAAGACCCCAACCCUCUGAUCCGAGCCCUUGCUGUUCGUACAAUGGGCUGCAUCCGGGUAGACAAGAUCACCGAGUAUCUCUGUGAGCCGCUGAGGAAAUGUCUGAAGGACGAAGACCCAUAUGUUAGAAAGACAGCUGCAGUGUGUGUAGCAAAGCUCCAUGACAUCAACGCUCAACUGGUGGAGGACCAAGGCUUUCUGGACACUCUUAAAGACCUCAUCUCUGACUCUAACCCUAUGGUUGUAGCAAAUGCAGUGGCUGCACUGUCGGAGAUCGCAGAGUCCCACCCCAACAGCAACCUAAUGGACCUGAACCCUCAGACCAUGAACAAGUUGCUGACAGCCCUGAAUGAGUGCACAGAGUGGGGCCAGAUAUUUAUCCUUGACUGCCUGGCCAACUACACACCUCGUGAUGAUCGCGAAUCCCAAAGCAUCUGUGAGCGGGUGACUCCCAGGCUCUCACAUGCCAACUCUGCAGUGGUGCUGUCAGCAGUGAAGGUAUUAAUGAAGUUCAUGGAGAUGCUGCCAAAAGACCUGGAUUACUAUGGCACUCUCUUGAAGAAGUUAGCACCUCCCCUGGUCACCCUACUCUCUGCUGAGCCUGAGCUCCAAUAUGUGGCUCUGAGAAACAUCAAUCUCAUUGUGCAGAGACGCCCCGAGAUUCUGAAACACGAGAUGAAGGUUUUCUUUGUUAAAUAUAACGAUCCAAUUUAUGUUAAACUGGAGAAGCUGGACAUUAUGAUUCGCCUUGCAUCUCAAGCCAACAUUGCUCAGGUUCUGGCUGAGCUGAAGGAAUACGCCACGGAGGUAGAUGUUGACUUUGUCCGUAAAGCGGUCAGAGCCAUUGGGCGCUGUGCCAUUAAAGUAGAGCAAUCAGCUGAACGUUGUGUCAGCACCCUGUUGGACCUCAUCCAGACCAAGGUCAACUAUGUGGUGCAGGAGGCCAUCGUGGUCAUUAAGGACAUCUUCAGAAAAUAUCCCAACAAGUAUGAAAGUGUGAUCGCUACUCUGUGUGAAAACCUGGACUCUCUGGAUGAGCCGGAGGCACGUGCUGCCAUGAUCUGGAUCGUGGGAGAGUAUGCUGAGCGCAUUGACAAUGCAGAUGAGCUGCUGGAGAGCUUUCUGGAAGGUUUCCAUGAUGAAAGCACUCAGGUGCAGCUGCAGCUGCGGACAGCCAUCGUCAAGUUGUUCCUUAAGAAGCCAACAGAGACCCAGGAGUUAGUGCAGCAGGUGCUCAGCCUGGCCACACAGGAUUCUGAUAACCCAGACCUCAGGGACCGUGGCUACAUCUACUGGCGUCUGCUGUCCACAGACCCUGUGGCUGCCAAGGAGGUGGUUCUGGCUGAGAAGCCCCUGAUCUCUGAGGAGACGGAUCUGAUUGAGCCCACUCUGCUGGAGGAACUCAUCUGCCACAUCGGUACUCUAGCCUCUGUCUACCACAAACCUCCGAGUGCCUUUGUGGAGGGCAGGGGGCAGCACAAGAGGCUCCCAGGAUCUGGUGGAUCGAGUGAGAGCCCUGAUGCCGUUUCUGCUGGUGCAGCAAAUGAAGUCGCUGCUGUCAUCCCGUCCCAGGGAGACCUGCUGGGAGAUCUCCUUAAUCUGGAUCUGACACCACCUGCCACCACAGGACCACCACCACACUCUGGUGGCAUGCAGUUGGGUGCAAUGGACCUGCUGGGAGGAGGACUGGACAGCUUGAUGGGGGAUGAAUCUGAACCGCCACCCAUUCCUCUGCGGUCCGACACUCCUCGGUCACCUCCGCUCCCACAUCAGUCCUCUUCAUCUCCAGAAAACAGUCUGACUGAGCUUGGUGGAGACCUUGGAGGAAGUCCUGCUAUGGGAGCUGGUUUUGGUGCUGCACCGGCUGCAAUGCCACCUGCUUUCAGUGCUCCUGUGAGUGGAGGUCUGGAGGACCUUUUUGAUCUUGGUGGUGGAGUUGGAAUGCCUCUAGGCUCCUUCUGUCCUCCCAAAACUGUUUGGCUCCCGGCCAUGAAAGCUAAAGGUCUGGAGAUUUCAGGCACCUUUGUUCGUCGUGCUGGAGUCAUCCAGAUGGAAAUGACCAUCACCAAUAAAGCAAUGAGUGUAAUGACUGGUUUUGCCAUCCAGUUUAACAGAAACAGCUUUGGUCUGGCUCCAGCUGGUCCAUUACAGGUACUGACUCCUCUCAGCCCCAACCAGAAUAUUGAAGUGAGCCUUCCCCUCAAUACUGUUGGACCUGUAAUGAAGAUGGAGCCUUUAAAUAACCUGCAGGUGGCCAUUAAGAACAACAUUGACGUCUUCUACUUCAGCUGCCAAUAUCCCAUCAGUGUGUUGUUUGUAGAGGAUGGAAAGAUGGAGCGACAGGUGUUCCUUGCCACAUGGAAAGACAUUGCAAAUGAGAACGAGUCUCAGUUUCAGAUCAAAGACUGCCAUCUCAACUCAGACACAGCCUCUAACAAACUCCAGACCAGUAACAUCUUUACCAUAGCCAAGCGAACUGUGGACGGUCAGGACAUGCUCUAUCAGUCCAUGAAACUCACCAACGGCAUCUGGGUGCUGGCUGAGCUAAAGAUCCAGGCAGGAAAUCCAAACUACACAGUCUCUCUGAAGUGCAGAGCUCCGGAGGUUUCACAGUGUGUGUUCCAGAGCUACGAGGCAGUGCUGAAGAACUAAAGAAAAUGACCCUACACCGACCACCUGCUGCCCUCAGUCUCCUCUCACCACUCUCUGCUGCCUCAGUCGUACAGACAGCAUCUGUAUUUUCUUUCACAUGUUCAUUUAGGAUGUGUAACUGUCUCAUUCUGAAUCAACAUCUCUUCCCUGGUUCAUUCUUCGUAACUGGUCAGAUCAUGACAUGAACAUGAAGAAUGUUCACUGGUUAUGAAUGGCCUGAGUGAAGCCUUCUUCCUCCUCCAUCUCCACCUCCUCUUUCCGGUCUCUGAGCCAUUCUGUUGUGACCUUCAAUAUUUUAGGCUGAAUGACUCGUGUUCUCCAGACUUCUUCUCUGCAUGAGGCUCCUUAAUCAGUAUCUGGCCUCACUUCCAGAAAAUUACCAUUACUAUCUAUUUUUAGCGUCUGCAAUCAGCAGAUGAGGCAUCACCAAGGGCAUAUUUAUUUACGGGGUUUGUUUUCAUUUUAAAUGCAGUGUAAAAAUGCAGAUUUAAAUCUCCGUCCUCCUCCCUCUGUCUGCUUGGAUUGAAUUGUCUGGUUUGCAGGAGAGACAAGUACAAACUAUGUUACUGCUGUCUUUGUCCUUGUAGAGUUUUCUUAAGCGUCCUCAAGUCGAGAUGUGUGUUUUCUUAUCAUUUUACAUCAGUACAGUGAUAAGCAGCAGUUGUCCACUGCUGUCUGACUUAGUCAUUCCAGGGUUUUGUGGGCUGUGUUAUUAGUGUUGUUAGAGUGACAGACUGAGCUCAGGUGUAAGUGUGUCAGUGACCUGACUGUUCUGCCACUUUAUUUUUCGUUUUGAAUCUCAUCCUUCUCAUCUCUGCUAUUUAAGCUCCAUGGCCACCUAAGAUGAAGCCUCAGGUGAGGUCAUGCUGUCUAUGUGACAUCACGGUGUGGUAACACUGGUGAAUAAUAAGUGUAUAUGUGGGAAGCCCACACAGAUAAAGCAGGGGUAAAACAACAUGCCAGGACAACACUGCUGCCGCUGCUCUUAUUCCCUACUGAUUAAUUACACAGAGUCAUUUCACUCGGGCCCUUUGUCGACGCUACCGUAUGUGUGUCUUUUUUUUGUUUUUGUGUGUGUGUAUGCACACACCCCAUCUACUUUGACACACUGCAGACUGUGAUGGCUGUGUGAUCUAAGUGUGUGUGUGUCUGUGUGUAGUGACAGCUGAGUCAUAUGAAAUGCUGUUUGACAAAAAAAAACUUUAAUCAAAUAUUUUUGAUUACGAUUUUGUUUGUUGUGUGUACAUCAUUUGAAGAAAAAAAAAUUAAAGUCUUGUUAAAUUCACGUGUUGACGUUCAUUAUUCAUUUGUCACGCAGAAAAUAAACUUUCUUUGGUAAAAUAAAUCCA